GGGUGCGCAGUUUCCACCUGCUUUGCCAAACAUCUGCAUUAUAAAAGAACAGAACAACUUCAAGGGAAGAGAAAGUUACAUUCGUCUUUUCGUUUUUAACUCGCUGAGCUUCAUGAAAAUCGGGUUUAGAAGAUCAGCAUUUUGGUGUCUCGUGCUGGCCAGUGUUGUACGCAGGUGGGCUACUUCGCUUAAUACAGCUCCUCCAGGGAGAUUCACUCGAAAGAGGCCCCGGAUAUUCUGUAAUAACUCUCGCUCGGACGAGGCGAUCUGAGCGAAACAACACGCAAUCUUCUCAGCAGGAUGGUGGUGUACAGUAUUGAGCAGCGCGUCUUCAUGGUGCGAACCUAUUGGGUCACCAAUUCGUUUAAGCAGUGUCAGAGUGAAUUUAGGAAGAAAUAUGGUGUUCGUGACGUACCCUCAAAGAGUGUAAUUCAGAAGAUGGUACGGAAACUGGAAACGACGGGAUCACUGAUCCCUUCUCAUGGCGGAGGCCGUCCGAAGAUGUCGCAGGACACAAUCGAUGAUGUGCAGCAUCGUCUGCAGCAAACGCCCUCGAAGCCUCUGAGACGCCUCGCGCAGGAGACCGGGAGGUCCUACUCAACAUGUCAGAGAGCUGCAAAAAGGGCAAAACUGCACGGAGAACGUCCGAAUGUGUCUGGCAGAGAACGGAGAUCACUUCCAGCAUCGCAUGUAAUGCAAUCGAUUACACAUACGUUAAGAACAUCAGCCACAAUGUCCUGUCUGGAGAGGCAUGUGAUUUGGAAGGCAGGGGAACUGGAGGCGUACCUCCAUCCUUCUCCGUGGACCCCAGGGGCCACAGUCGUAACGUAUAAUCCCCCUAGAGGAGCCAGCAGCCUGUUCCAUUUACCUGAAGACUCUUUCCUGAGCCUGCUGUUGGGCGCGAGGGCGGUGGGAAGCCUCCUGUGUGAGCGGCUGGGGGUGCAGCGCUGCGCCCUCGUCCACACGCCUCAGAGUGAGGAGCACGAGGACCCCACAGUGAAGCUGCUGGUGCUGCCCCUCCAUGGCCUGCAGGCGGACUGGACGCCUCAUCUUGCAGCUGAGGAAGACUUCCAGCCAUAUGAUCCUGGAUACAUUACGUCGAAGAGUGGCCCACGAUGGACCGAUAUAAGUUUGGAGUGGGUUAAGGACAGGAUCCGGGCAAAACUACCUUCCCCAGAUGCCCCUCUUGACUACACUUUCCUUGGAGACCCGUCCCACCCGGGCCUGUUUUCUCGCAUAGUUCGUGGUGAGGAGCAGCAGUGGAGAGUGUGGGAGGACGAGGAGCACAUUUCCUUCCUCACUCCGUUCCCCAACACGCCUGGUCUCACUGUCCUCAUUCCCCGCAAACCACUGACCAGCGACAUCCUCCGGCUAGAGGAGGGGGAUUACAAAGGUCUGGUGCUGGCAACCCGACAGGUGGCUCAGCUGUUGGAGGAGGCGUUGGGAGCGUGGGGGGUGGGUCUUAUAUUUGAGGGAUAUGAGAUUGACUACGCUCAUGCUAAACUCAUUCCUCUGGUGUCACCACCUGACAACAUGACCCAAAACCUAACGUGUCCAGCGCCUGAGUUUUAUGACAUAUACCCCGGCUUUGUGACCUCAGCCAGUGGGCCUCUGGCCAGCACUGAGAGCCUGAGAGAUAUCCAUGCCAAAAUUACUCAGGUGUGAGAGAUUUCUUUUUAUUUUUUUUUUAACUAAUUUUUUGUGCCAAGGUGAAGACAGUAUUGUGUGUUAAAGGGCCCAUUUUCUUACUUGCUUAGAAUACAAAGAGUGAUACAGUGUGUAAACAUUUUUUUCCAAAACUGUUCCUUCCUCAGUCCAUGUGGUCCAAUUAUGGAAACUAAGGUGUAUUUAGAAUUCAUUGUUUUUUGUGACGUCACCACAACCAAAGAAAAUUGAUAUCUAUCUGCCUAUUGAGCCUACAGCAGUUUAGCUCCGCCUAUUCAUGUCAAAGCCUUAAGGACCCUCCUGUGCUAGUUUUUGAAGACACAAUAUAGCCAGCCAAUCAAAACGGAGAUCUUUUAUGUACGGUUGUAUGCAUACAAUUAUGCGUCUCUGGUCAAAUACAUUUUUUUUUUUGUUACAUUUUCAUAAGUACACAUUCUCUACAGAGAACACGCUUCUUAUAAAAACAUUUAAAGCACAAUUACUGUUUAUUUGCUGAAUUUAACAUAA